AGCCAACACAACCAUGCCGACGUCGUUACUGGCCUGUACCAUCGCUGCCGCCGUCGUCACAUGCAGCGCCACUACAUCCACUGACUCGACGAAUGUGCUUCCAACCUACGACAAGCUGCAGUACAUUGGCUUUGACCUUGAUUACGCCUGCGGAGAACGGUCGGCCCUUCGGUGGGAGUACACGUUAGGCCCAAAUGUGCACGUGGCGCCCCGUCCAAAAGGUUUCUACUUUGAUCCAUCGUACGACCGCCACUGCCAGAAACUGUCCACCAAGGCGUACGGUUCCAAGUCAGGGUAUGAUCGCGGCCACUUGGUUGCCAGCGAGCACAUGGCGAACAGCGUUGAGGCCAGACACCAAGCCCACUACAUGACCAACAUCACGCCGCAAAUCUCGUCGUUCAACAAAGGCCAGUGGGAGAAGACGGAAGCGAUUGAGGCUUGCUAUCGCACGUUGCCAGGCGGCAUUCGCACAUGGGGCGGCGUCAAGUACAACGAGUCGGACAACGACAUUUUCGUCGAUGGGUGGGGCAUCCAGACCCCCGACUACUGGUGGAAGGUGGUCGUGGCCACAGACUCGGGCACAGAUAAAGUCAUCGCGUGGUGGUUUCCAAAUAGACCCAACUUAGGGCCGCUCGACAAGUACCUGGUGACAGUCCAUGACAUUGAAGCCCAAGUGAACGACAAUAUUGGCUCGAUUCCUAUUCCUGAAGCACUCAAGUCGGUUGUUAACCCCACGAGCUGGACCAUUCCCGCCUCUUGCCAUCAUUACACCAGCGACGACGACGACGACGACGUUCAAGGACCUGUUGCUGAUUUAUAAUACUUCAAAGUAGCAGCACACUAGUAACGUUAGCAUGGUAUAACUACCAAAAUGAAAUCCAACACAAGGUUAUUUGUGCGACCAA